CGUCGUUUUUCCCAGGUCGCGCCGCGGAAAAUCCCCACGAGUCGACCGCCGCCACCGUGCCGGCAGCAGCAGCGGUAGAACAAGCAGCAGCAGCAGUGCCAUUCGAUCCGUGACCGUCACACGUGCGCCGCACCCGCCGUCAUGUUCGAAAUCAGUGCCCUAGGCCGGGGCCCACAUCGCAGCCGUCUGCACAGCCACGGACAAUGUGUCUUCGACCGCCGUCGUUAGCUGCAUCGAAAGGUUAUUAAAGGGGGCGCAUGGGCCCUGCUGCACCGGCGGCCUCCGCAGCAGUUACAUUCGUUCGUCGAACAUCUGCACCGAUACUUUUAGCAUAUCAACACAUCGUCGCCGCCGUCACCAUCAGCACAUACAACUACAGCAACAGAUAUGAUGGCUCACGCGACGGCUUUAAUAAGCGGGCUCACGGCCGUGCUAUUGAUCAGCUUCACCGUCGUCAAACCGACACUGUGCUGCCGCAUAUCCGAAUUCAUGUGCAAGUCGACCGGCGGGUGUGUUCAGCUGGACGAGUACUGCGACGGCAAGUACGACUGUCCCGACAGGUCGGACGAACCUCCGUCAUGCACUGCGUGCAAUAGGACUUAUUAUGGUGAAGUGGGAAAAUCUUAUAGACUGACUGUGAAGAAACUACAAAAGGAAAGACCAUUCCUGUGUCACUUGAGUUUCACCGCGAGCGGACAAGAGCAUGGAGAUUUUGUGGAACUGAUUUUCGAAGAAUUCCGGCUGGGCACGCUGUACCUGGGCGAGUGCAUCAGCGGUGAAAUGCAAAUACUCGAACUCGGCCGGCCUUACGUGGGCGGGUCGUGGUGCGGUUACGGGCCGACGGACGGCACAGCGCCAGCCGUGUACUAUAGCGAGGCGGGCACGGUAACGCUCACUCUGCGGGUACCUGUGAGCGGGCUGUACACGACGCUUCCGUUCGCGUUCGGGCUGCGGUUCAAGUUCCUAGACAACCGGCAGGCAUCGGUGAGGCUGGGCACGGCGGCUGAGCCCAAAGAGCGCGGCGAGCUAGUGCCCGGCACGCACUGCAGCCGCAACUUCUACGAAUGCUAUCGGAAGAGGUGCUCGCUGCAGUCGCCCAACUACCCGGGCAUGUACCCACGGAAUGUGACGUGCCGGUACACGGUCCGUCAGAAGGUGGUGCCCAAGUGCAAGCACGCUAUGGUGUCAGUGACCCAGGGCCGGGGCAGCGCGGUACAACAGUCACACAGGUCCGGCGGCGGCAGUAGGGGGCAGCAAGAGGCGGCCAUGGGCACCGGCAACGGGACGGCCAUCAUACGCGUCAACGACAUGUGCAGUGAGAACGAGGAUCGACUGGUGUUUCACGACGGGCCGUCCGAGGAUGACCCUAUACUGUUGCGGUAUUGCGGCGGCCCGGCGCUGCCCCGAGUGGUGGCCAGUGGGCCCGCCAUGCUGGUCGUGUUCAAAUCGUGGGUGCACAACUCGCCGGCCACUUUCUCGUGGCCACCGCCAGUGUCUCGGCUCCGGAGCUUCGAGCUGGACGUGCGCAUAGCGUUCGUCGACUCGGACUCGCUGGAUUACGCCAAGGGGCCAGCGUGCGAGUUCACCGUCAACGCGUCGGGCACGCCCAAGUCACGGCGCGGCGUGCUGGUCAGCCCCCGACACGCGGUACCUCCGAACAGCACGUGCACGUACAGGUUCCAGGGGCUGCCCGACGAUCGGGUGUGGAUGUACUUCGAGAGCUACGGCCAUCGGAGCACCGGCCAUUUCCUUACGUUCAAGCCAUGUCCGACCCGGCUCCGGAUAUGGGACGGCGCCGGCACGCUGUUGGGAGACCACUGCGACACGCCCAGGCUGUGCGAACACAUUGCCACCACUGACGCGUCGUCUUCCGCGCCGCUGAACGUCACGCGACCUAAGCGGCCGUGCACACUGGACGAGAGCUACCUGUCAAAGUCGCCCAGCGUCAUACUGCAGGUGCACUCGGUACUGGGCACAGUGCUGGAACCGUUUGGGUUCCGGCUGCACUACGAGUUCGUGGACAGUGGCGCGUACGACCGCGAGACCGAUGGUGACGCGUGUGUCAUGGACUACAGGGUGCGCGAGUCGAUGGACCUGGCGGAACCACGAAACGUAUUCUUGUACGGCAGGGGUGGUGCCAAGAGCCUGGACUGCGUGUACCGGCUACAAGCGGAACCUGGUUACCGGUUGCAAAUCGUGGUGCGUAACGCCUCGUUCGGGUCCCGCGAACAUGCACCACAGCCUAUUUCCAGGACGGUGACCGGAAAGUACGCUUGUCCACCCGAUGAUGGCGGACCCAGGCUGGCGGUGCGCGAAGUGUUCUGGCGGACGGUCCGCGUGGAGCGUGGUUGCUUCUGCCAGAACUUCACGGAAGCCGCGUUGGGCACGCCACAGGUGACGUUCGACACGUCCUCGGACCGCGUAGAACUCCAUUUCCACGUACCCGGGCUGGGCGUCACCGACGAUUUCGUCAACACGUACUUCAGCGCUCACGUUCGCGUGCUCCGGUGGCCGACGUGCCCACGCAAGCAGUGGGUCCGUGGUUCCGGCGGCGAGAUCGAGCUCGCGUAUCCACCAGAAGCGCGAGAAGACCUGCACUGCCGCGACGUGCCGUGGCUACUGGAGGCCCGGCCAGGCCACAGCAUGUUCGUGCAGACGUGGGGCCGCUUCCUGCCAGUUAACGCGUCCGCGGCGGCCCCGUGCCGGACUAGGAACCGGAUACUGCUGUACGCGGUCCGUCCGGACGUCCGGUUGGUUGGCAACGUGUGCCCGGCGGAGGCGCGUGACGGCCGCCGAGACACGCUGUAUAUGUUUUCGGACGAGUGGACCGUAUUUGUGCCCGACGACCAACAGAACCCCAGUUUCAUGGUGGAGUUUGUGGCUCAGGACGCCGGUUCCAUGGCGUUCAAGUGGCUGGAGGUGUCCAAGCCGUCCAAACGCGUGCAGACGACAUCGCCGUCCAUGCGCAACCAGUCCGGCGGCGGCCCGCACCGCGGCUUGGGUUGCGCGUACGGUUGUCCCGAGCUGGAGGCGUGUAUCAGCCCCACGUUAUGGUGCGACGGCCACCGCAACUGUCCAUCCGGCGUGGACGAGGCCGACCUCGAGUGCCAGACGAAGUGGCCGUCGUUCAAGGUGCUCAGGUCUUACGGGCUGCCGGUGGUGGGCCUGGGUCUGGCCGGCGUCGUCUUUGCCGUGCUAGCGUGCGUCUACUGCCGGAGGGAACCGGAAUACAAACACUACGACGAACCGGAACCGGCCACCGAGAACACCACCAGGUCGUGUUCGACGAUCGCCUCCUGACAACAGUCCUCGGUCGACACCGUUGACGUCGUCGACCGAGAAACGUGCGUUUGAAAACAACCACUCUUGCUCAAGCUGUACACCGUGGUGUUGUUUGAUUUCUAUUAUUAUUAUUACUAUAAUUUCAAACGUGUGCGUGUAUUCGGAUACACGACGUUCUGUCCACAAACGUAGGUGCCUUAUAUUAUGUCAUUAUUGUAAUACCAUAUAAUUUAUGUUCUGUCGAUUAUGUUCAGCGUGUUGCAGAUGAGGAUUUAGAUAGAAUUUAUUGGUGGUAAUCGG